CGCACACAUUCGUGUACCGUUUCCGAUUUUUCGUUCCUCCAAUUUCAUUCUCUCUCUCUUUAAGAAAAAUUCCUUGUUUUUGAUCCGAGAAUCGAAGUCGCCCUCGAAUCAAGAUUAAAACCUCGUUUAGUUCUCAAUUUCAGUUCUGUGGAUCCGUGCGUGACCUCAAGUUUUUUUUUUUUUUCUGUCUCGAAAUUCAGAAUCGUAGAGGUGUUGAAAGUUGAAACCUUUUUUUUGGUUUGCUUGGUUAAUGGGUUUCUUCAAACUUGAUCGAUAAUUGGAUUUGAAUCAAGGGUUUUAGUGUUCUUGCUUUGUGUAUUCGUUUGGCAAUUUGGGAUAAUGAAUGGUUUGCAAGAAGUUUGUUCGUCAAGUGGGUCGGUGAUGAUCGGACUACCAGCUGAAGAAGACGAAAACGCCGCACAUUCGUCGGAGGAUUCAUCUUGCCCCGACGAGUCAGUGUCAGAGACAGAGCUCGACCUAGCUUUGGGUCUUAGCAUUGGUCGUCGGAAGGUUCGAUCGUCUUUGUCUUCCUCGUCUUCUUCUCUGACCAGGGAAAGUGGGACCAAACGCUCUGCUGAUUCUUCUCCGGCUGCCGCCUCAAACGCAACCAGACAAGUUGCUGUAGGUUGGCCGCCUCUACGGACUUACAGAAUCAACAGUUUGGUCAAUCAAGCAAAGUCUUUAGCUACGGAAGGCGGCUUGAGUUCUGGCAUUCAAAAGGAGACUACAAAAAGUGUAGUGGUUGCUGCUAAGAACGAUGAUGCUUGCUUUAUCAAAUCGUCCAGGACUUCUAUGCUUGUGAAGGUGACAAUGGACGGAGUUAUAAUUGGAAGGAAGGUUGAUCUCAAUGCUCUGGAUUCUUAUGCAGCCUUAGAGAAAACUUUGGAUCUAAUGUUUUUCCAGAUUCCUUCUCCUGUAACAAGAUCCAACACACAAGGAUACAAGACAAUUAAGGAAACAUGUACUUCGAAAUUACUGGAUGGCUCAUCGGAAUAUAUCAUAACAUAUCAAGAUAAAGACGGAGAUUGGAUGCUUGUAGGAGAUGUUCCUUGGCAGAUGUUCCUCGGGUCUGUGACAAGACUGAGAAUCAUGAAGACAUCAAUUGGAGCUGGAGUAGGUAAGUAGAGAGUCCUAUAUAGCAAAAACAGUUUACAUCUCUUUGGUCUGUAACUCAUAUAUCACAUUCACAUAUAUACAUGUGCAUAUGUUUAUACAUGAGUGUACAUAUGUCUUGUGGUCGUUUGUGAAUAUCAAACAACAGCUUAACCUUGUCUUUAAAGAUCUUUGUAUAUUUAGGGUUUUUCACUC